AUUGGCUUUGGGGCGGGAGCUCCGAGGCUAGGGGGAAAGAGAAGGGAUCAGGAGCGGGAGCUGAGGGGAGGGAGAGGCCGGUCCGGGUCUGGCCGCUGCCGCUGCUCCCCCGAGGUCUUCAGGCCGGGCUGCAGCUCCGUCCUCCGUUCCUGGGCACCGUCUGCGAGGCUCCACCGGGCCAGCGUGGGAGAGCCGCGGGCGGCGGCCGCCGCAUCAUGUCAGCCAAGGACGAGCGGGCCAGGGAGAUCCUGAGGGGCUUCAAACUAAAUUGGAUGAACCUCCGGGAUGCUGAGACAGGGAAGAUACUGUGGCAAGGAACAGAAGACCUGUCAGUCCCUGGAGUGGAGCAUGAAGCCCGCGUUCCCAAGAAAAUCCUCAAGUGCAAGGCAGUGUCUCGAGAAUUGAACUUCUCUUCAGCAGAGCAAAUGGAAAAAUUCCGCCUGGAACAGAAAGUUUACUUCAAAGGGCAAUGCCUAGAAGAAUGGUUCUUCGAGUUUGGCUUUGUGAUCCCAAACUCCACCAACACCUGGCAGUCCCUGAUAGAGGCAGCACCCGAGUCCCAGAUGAUGCCCGCCAGCGUGCUAACUGGGAAUGUUAUCAUAGAGACAAAGUUUUUUGACGACGAUCUUCUUGUAAGCACAUCCAGAGUGAGACUUUUCUACGUUUGAGAGAAGAAUGUGUGUGCAUUUCAAGAAUUUGGGUUUUGGGGGGAAAAGGAGGAAACCGUUUACUUUUUUCCUCCACACAUUUGAUUUUUGACACUUCUACCCCUAAUUCCUUGUCCGGCAAAACCCACCUGCGGCCACCAGGGGACCAGUUCUGUGUAGGUAACCAGAUGGCUGUUUCCUCCCAACCUGCCAUCUUCCACUGACCAGACUCAACUCCCAACCCCAGACCAGGGCAGAGGGUGAGCCUUGACUCCUUCCCAGGGUGACACAGGGACAGACGCUUACCACGAGAGCCGAGGCUCUUCCCACCCCCUCCCUGCCUCCUCCUUGGGCCCUGCAGGCAACACAUCUUCCUUUGGCCCCUGGUUUUGGAAAAAUUCAUAUUUCCUGACCUAUGUUUAGUUUUUUUCCUACCAUUUCUAUUUCAUACAUUCUCAUACAUUUAACUUGUAAAAUAGACUGUGAUAUUAUUAUUACGUAAUGAAUUAAAACAUAUGAAUUAAAAUA